ACUCAGUUCAAAAUGUAAUCAUGAAGAAGCCACAGCGUGGCGAAACACUUGUUGUUUCCUAUAUUGAAAAUUGUGGAAAUUUAGUUGAUCAUUACUUUUUUGCUGACUAGAAUUUUCAAAAAUUCGUAACUCUGACACUAUCAGGGUUAUUGAAUUGCGGUAUGAAAAAAUAAAAACCAUGCUUUCCUUAUUAACACUGGGUUUCCUGAUCUUGACGUGCUUAUACCUUAUCAAUAAAUGGUUGAGAGGAAAAUUUUCAUUUUGGAGCGAAAGGGGCGUAAUAACACCACCAGUAAACCUAGGUUGGGGCAACUAUCAAGAGGUCAUACUCCAGAAGAAAAGCUUCAGUCAAGCCUUGCAUGAAUUCUACAAGUUAUUCAAAGCCAAGGGGGUCCUUCAUGGAGGACUUUACUCCUUUACAUCUCCUAUUUAUAUGCCAGUGGACAUAAAUAUCGUCAAAAACAUAAUGCAGAACGACUUCGAUCAUUUUGUAGAUAGAGGUUUCUACGUCAAUCAAGAAGACGAUCCUCUUAGUGCCAAUCUUUUCACUCUAGAGGAAAACAAGUGGAGAUAUUUGAGAUCCAAAUUGACACCUGCUUUCAGUUCUGCAAAGUUGAAGAUGAUGUACGAAACCUUGCUGAAGUGUACCAAAGAUCUGGAAGAUGCGCUUGAAGAAUAUGAUGGAAAAUACCUGGAUGUGAAAGAAUUUAUUGCAAGAUUUACCAUUAAUGUUAUCGGAAGCUGCGCUUUUGGCAUUGAAUGUAACUGUUUGAAGGAACCCAACAACGAAUUCAGAUUGAAUGGAUCUACAUUUUUUAACAGGACCUUCUUCGAGAAUGUGAAACUUUAUUUCAGCGAUGUGUUUCCUGGAAUUAUGAAAAAAUUACACGUACGCGUCUGUAGACCCAGUACUAUCAAAUUCUUCGAGCGUUUAACUCGAGAAACCAUAGAAUACAGGGAGGAGAACAAUAUUAUUCGGAAAGACUUCAUGCAUCUACUAAUACAGCUGAAGAAUAGCGGCAAACUAAUAGAGAGCGAAGAAGUUGGAAAUAUUGGAAAGUCUGAGAAUGGCGAGACGAUUUCUUUCGCUGAUCUCGUUGGUCAAGCAUACGUUUUUUUCCUGGCUGGUUAUGAAACUCCUUCAAAUACUAUAAGCUUCACCCUCUACUUCUUAUCGGUGUUCAAGGAGGUACAGGAGAAAUGUCGGAAAGAAAUUAAGACUGUACUAGACAAAUAUGGAGGAAAAUUAACGUAUCAAGCUGUUAUAGAGUUGCAUUAUUUGGAAAGCGUUAUUAAUGAAAGUAUGAGAUAUUAUCCACCGGUACACGUGCUGAAUAGGGUAUGCACGAAAGACUACCAAGUGCCAGGUUCUGAUUUGUUGCUAAGAAAAGGACAGAAAGUAUUGAUUCCGGUACUGGGAAUUCAAAGAGACGAAGAAUAUUAUCCAGAUCCUGAUACCUUCAACCCAGAGAGAUUUUCUGAUGAGAAUUCAACAGGAAGAAACCCUGCUACUUUUUUGCCAUUUGGUAUAGGCCCAAGAAAUUGCAUAGGUCUCCGAUUUGGAAUGGUUCAAGUGAAAACUACAAUUGUCAGUAUAAUUGAUAACUAUGAAAUAUCGUUGAACAAAAAGACCAAAUAUCCCCUAGAAUUCGAUACAGGACAUCCACUAACACUCAGCCCUAAAGGAGGUAUUUGGUUGAAUUUGAAGAAAAUUGAAAAAUGAAAUAUCACUUCAUUAGGAUGGUUUAUGCAUAAGGUUGUUUUAUCAUAAUUCUAAUUAUUGUGUGAAAAGAUUAUUUAUUUAGUUCGAAUUGUAGGUAUCUCAUGAGAAUCAUAUUGUGAUCAAUUCCUUAGAAUUAUAAAGAGUAAUUCCAUGAAAUAACGGAAAGAUUCAAUAGAAGAAACAAUUAUUUCAUGAGACCUUUCAAUCUUUGUUUUUAUUUUUGAGAAUUAAUAUACAAGAUAUUUUGAAUAAAAACAUUGAGAUUCCAAAAGUAUUAGGUAGAUAACGUCAAAUAAAUGAAAGAUCGAUUUUACUUUUUAAUUUCGAUGCGUGUAUUUUUCAAUCGAGCUGUUUUCACAACGUGAACGAAAGAUAAUAACAUUGGAGAUCUUCGUGAAAGUUUUUCAGUGUUCGUUUAUUUCUACAAAAAAAUGCUUUAAAUUGCCUGAGGGCGCUAAUAAUAUCAAUAUAAUUCUUACUCAACUUAGCUAAUAUUGAAAGGGGCCAUUCUUGGACCCAUUUUAAAGAAAUAACUUCGUAUAUAAAUGAUUAUUAUGAAUGUCCUGAUUUGGAAGAUACCAGGUGAUGAAGAUUCAAAAAUUUUUUUUAUAACCGCUUUGCUAUAAUUGUAGAUAUCUUUAUGGGAUUUGCUGCACGUGCUUCAAAAUGUAUUUUUUGAUGUACCUAUGAGAAAUUAUAUUGUUUCCUAGUGGUUUCCGUACGGGUUUUGCAUUGACUAUCCAAAAAAAAUGGCUUUCUCAUAAAUUAAAAAUCAUUUUUGGAAAUGUCAUUCAUUUCUGAGUCUAUAUAUUUCUAUGAGUCGACCGAGACUCAUGGUUUUUUGUUUUACUCAUAAUUUCAAAAUUACAGAUAUGGUGGUGAUUAAAUAAUACAUUUAGAUGUAUCAAAACAACGUCAAAUUUCAUGCACCAGAACCAAGAAAAAAGAAUCGGACUAGCUUCGAAUUAGUUUUUGUGCUUAGAAUGUUCAUAGAAUAUGGUAAUAUCAGAAUUCCUCAUUUAAAUAAACUGACCGACAUGAACGACAUCAUAAUAGAACACAUCUCAUGAAAAAUUACUGCUGUGUGAUAUCCAAUGCUGCAAUAGUCAUAUAAAUGAUGAGCGCUCAAAAGCUCCUGACUCCAAGCCGAUCAUCCUCUCGAAUUUUUUAAUACUCAGUAUUAGUUAGUUGUAAUUCAAUGCUGAUAUUUCACCAGAAAAUUUUUCUAGGUUGAAAGUAUCAGGAUCGGUAUAAUAUUCUUCGUCUCUUUGAAUUCUCAGUACCGGAAUCAAUACUUUCUGUCCUUUUCUUAGCAACAAAUCAGAACCCAGCACUCUAAGUCUUUUCUGUCUUUUUGAGUAAACAAUGGAGGUAUAGUGGCGUUGGGCACAGUAAUAAUAAAGCCUCUACAGAAUAAUUCAAUCGAAUAUUAUUGAAAUUUUACGAUUGUUAUCAUAAUAUAAAUGAAGGCCGUUCUAUUAACUACUCAAGAUAUCCUGUAUAUUCAACUCUCACUGAAGAAUAAUUCCAAUCAAUCACAAUCAAUUGUUAUCAAGUUAUUUUCAAUACGAAAUAACAGAAAAUUAUUAUAAUUUUUUAAUACUUGAAACCAAUUCAAGUACGGUCUGCUCGAUAAAAAAGAAAGAGUUAGAAGUAUUGAAUUGAGAAAAAUCAAUAGAAUACUUGUUUGUUUGCAAUAAGCCAUAGUUAGAAAAUAAUUAAUGGUGCGGUGCGUUCAUACAAAAUUUCUUUGAGCAAUCAUGAAUAGGUUUUCAAUUUUAUGUGUACACUUAGCUUCAAUCAUAUUGGUUAUAUUUUGUUGUCUCGAUUGUGUGGAAUUUGCAACGUUUAUUUAGAGAAACCACCACCAGGUGACUGCUCAGUUCAAAAUGAAAUUAGCGAUAUUUCUUCUCACAAAACACAGAUUUUUAUGGGGUUUUCAACUUCUUUAAAAAAUUAUCGGCAUUGUAGUAUUUGAUAUUUUUAAUUUGUGGAUAGAAAAAAAUUAGUAAUUCUUCGUUUUUCGCAAAUGAAUUGAUAAUAUGCUAUUCCUACAAAUCACUGAUGUCUCUUGAGAAUAUUCGUUGAAAAAUUCCUA